GCCAAACGAGAGCGAUGUGCUAACUGAAGUAUCGCAGAAAUUACAGUUUUGACGGAGUUUGUUGAAAAAAAUGAGGAAACUCUUAAAGCGAAACAAUGUAACCAGAUUACGAACUCAAAAAAAAUGCUAUGUGGGCAGAGGUUACAGCUAUGAUUAAUGCCAUCGGUGUGCAAAAACGCACCGUAGAGCAAGUUAAAUUUAAGUGGGGUAAUUUGCAACAAGGAGCAAAGAAAAGUUUUAGUGAAGCUAGAAAAAAAAGCAAAUUGACCGGAGGAGGUCCUCCACCAAAGCCGCUUACUGCCACUGAAGAGAAGAUCAUCGAGAUGAUGAAAGAUCGUCCCAAUUUCAGUGGCAUUGUAGGCGGCUUCGAGUCAUCUGUGCCGGCAUUUGCAGUGGUGUCAAAAGAAACUGAGCCAGAGGCAACAUCUACCUCCACCCAUGGUACCAAUGAAGAAGGAACGGAAGCAGAUGCAAACGAGGUCCGAAGUUCUGAGUGUACUUAUCCUGAUUGUGAAAGGGCGGAUAUGGAAAAGGAAACAGAGAUGGAAAGUUGCAGUGAACGUGAUCAGUCACCAUCGGUUCCCAAACAUAAGAAAAGGAAGAAGAUUACAUUAGUUGAUUUGCAGACAAUGCAGUAUGAGGUGCUACGCACGCAGAAGAAACAACUGGAAUUGAAGAGUAUGAAGCUGGAGAAAGAGAUAGAACGGGCGGAUUUACAGAAAGAAAACAUGAAACUGCGAAAUGAAAAAUUAUUAUUAGAAAUUCAAAUCCUGAAGCAGAAUGUAUCUCAAAAUGAAAGUGCCCUUCUUGCAUUACAGGUCAUCUCUGAUGAAUAG